AUGAAUUUCACUGAGCCACACAAUCAAUCCUUAAACCUUUGCCGGUUUUCUCCUGAUUUAAAAUACAUCGCAACAGCCAUUGAGAAUAUAAUUGUAAUCCGCAAUGCGGAAACCCUUCAGGUGUCGCGUGAAUUCAAACAUUCUACCCUCAUACAAUGUAUAGAAUGGUCGCCAAAUUCCUCUCUGAUUUUAGCUGCGAAUCUUAAAAAAGGUGACAUAGUUGUUCACGAUAUAAACGAUCCUACAUGGAAAAAAACAAUAAAGGAAGGUCCUGCCGGAUUACUUAAUGUAAAGUGGAAUCUCGAUGGUAAAAGCAUUAUGUGUUUCUCAGAUUUUGAGGACCCUCCAUGGUUCAUUUUGGCGGAACGUCGUGAAUGUAAAGAUUUUAUAGGUGUAUAUAAAUGUGAUACUGACGAUUGGAAAUUGUUAAAU